CGCCCGUGGUGUUCCGUCCCGCCGUGCGGCGGUCGGUGCCCUGUCACCGCCUGCUCUGGCCAUGGCGAGGGCCCUUGGGUUGUAAAUUGGCGACCGAAGCUCCCGACGCGGCCCUGGUCCUGAUGGCGGCGGCGGCGGCCCUGGCAGCGGCCGAGCCACCUCCCGCGAUGCCGCAGGCGGCAGGAGCCGGAGGGCCAGCUGCCCGCAGAGAUUUCUACUGGCUGCGCUCCUUCCUGGCCGGAGGUAUUGCUGGAUGCUGUGCCAAAACAACAGUUGCUCCUUUGGAUCGAGUGAAGGUUUUAUUACAAGCUCACAAUCACCAUUACAAACACUUGGGAGUAUUUUCUGCAUUGCGUGCUGUUCCCCAAAAGGAGGGAUACCUUGGAUUGUAUAAAGGGAAUGGUGCAAUGAUGAUUCGAAUUUUUCCUUAUGGUGCAAUCCAGUUUAUGGCAUUUGAGCAUUAUAAAACGUUAAUUACUACAAAACUGGGAGUUUCUGGUCAUGUACACAGAUUAAUGGCUGGGUCCAUGGCAGGUAUGACAGCAGUUAUCUGUACUUACCCUCUUGAUAUGGUUAGAGUACGCCUAGCAUUCCAGGUGAAAGGGGAACACACUUAUACGGGAAUUAUUCAUGCAUUCAAAACAAUUUAUGCAAAGGAAGGUGGUUUCCUUGGAUUUUACAGAGGCUUGAUGCCUACUAUAUUAGGAAUGGCUCCAUAUGCAGGUGUUUCAUUUUUUACUUUUGGUACCUUAAAGAGUGUUGGGCUUUCCCAUGCUCCUACCCUUCUUGGCAGACCUUCAUCAGACAAUCCUAAUGUCUUAGUUUUGAAAACUCACAUAAACUUACUUUGUGGUGGUGUUGCUGGAGCAAUAGCACAGACAAUAUCCUACCCAUUUGAUGUAACACGUCGGCGAAUGCAGUUAGGAACUGUUCUUCCAGAAUUUGAAAAGUGCCUGUGUCAUCAUUUAACCAUUCUCUUUCAGUACCAUGCGGGAGACUAUGAAGUAUGUCUAUGGACACCAUGGAAUUCGAAAAGGAUUAUAUCGUGGUUUAUCUCUUAAUUACAUUCGCUGCGUUCCUUCUCAGGCAGUGGCUUUUACAACAUAUGAACUUAUGAAGCAGUUUUUUCACCUCAAUUAAAAAAUAUCGUUAUUUCUUUUCCUUAAACUCUCAGAGGGAAAAAUAAAAUGUUAAUUUAAUUUGGGGAGAACAUUACUUGAAGGGGGAUAUUUACCCUGUCACAGGAACCACUGGUAUUUUAGUACUUGAUUUUUCUAUUCAUCACAAAUCAAAAGUGCUUACUAUACUUUUUACGCCAAAAGUUAUAUCUUAGAACAUUGCAAAAAAAUCCUAAGCUGAUGCUGGCUAAUCAGUAAGGUUAUUUGAAACCAUUUUAAAGUGUUAUUUGGAUAGAACUAACUUAAAAUGGGAUUCAAAAGGUUGCCAUUAGUUUUAUCAUGCUAUUCCAAGCUUUUAAUUGUAAUCAUGAUUUUCAAAGACUCUAAUGUUGGUUGCUGUUAUUGUUAUUAUUAUUAUUAACAGUCUUGGUUAUAUUGCAGCAGAAUGAUGAGAGCUGAAAUUUUAAGUUAUAUAAAACAUAGGUUAGAAGCCAGCAUUGAAGUAUUAUUCUUAAUAUUUCCCUUCUCAUAAUUCUGCUCCUCUGGAUAAAAAGGACAAACACUUUUUCUCUUCAUUUUUUGAUAAAUAUUGUAUUCAAAAAGUAACCAUGUAGAGACUCAUCAGUAAGUCAAGAAUUUUCAGGUAUUGCUCAAAUGUUAUUACCAGUUUCUGAGUGAUUUAAAUGUGUUUUUAAAAGUCAAUGUAUUUCCCAAAGGCAGUAAUAGUAAAUACUGAAUAUCUUUGCUCUCAAAACAAGUUAGCAUUAUAGAUUUGUUUUUGUUAGAUGAUUUGGUAUAUACUAGAAAAUUUAUUUAAGUGGACUGUGAAAUAUCCAUUAAUAUAGAUGUGAAUGUCAAAGAAUGUUUCCAAGAUAUUAUGUUAUGACACAGCAACUAGUUCUUCCACGUAAGAUAAUUUUAGUGCAAUAUAAACUUAAGUAGAGAUGUAAAACAUGAUCUGAAUUGCUAUCAUUUAUAUUAAAAUGGUUUAAAAUGUAAGAAUUCCAGUUAUUAUGUUUAGAGUAGUUUUUAUGUUUUAUUAUAAGCAUGACAAAAAUGGGAGGGGAACAGUUAAUAGUUCUGUCCUCAGAAAUAGCAAUUUUUAGAAUUGAUGUGAUUUUUAAGACAUUAGAAAACUAAAUUGAAAGUGUUAUUUCUGCUUCAAUUUUUAUUUUUUUGCAUAAAAGAUUUCUUGUCAUAACUUGGUAAAAAUUAUAUGAACUGGUUUCAUUUUCAAAGUCUUUAUUUUAAAAUAAAUGUGUAUCUUUGUAUGAUUUAUAAGUGUACCCACAGGUAAAAAUACAUGUGUUCCUAAAACUAUUUUGUAUAUUUUCAUUUUUCGGCUACACUGUAGCUAAAUACUGCUAUCAAAUCUCAAGAUAAUUUAAAUGUAUAAAAUAAGUAUCUCAGUUAUAUUAUCAAUAAAAGAGGACUGCAAAUAUUUUUUUAAAUAAAACUUUGCAUUCUAUGUUACAGAAUACAUAGGUUAUUAAAAAUAAAUUUUAUUCAUAUUUCAACAAUUA